UUAGUUAUACUGGUCUUUCGACCAUAUAAAAUGUCCCGUUUCACAGCAGUGCUUCAGUAAGGGCCACGUAGCACACCUGUCCCGUAGCGUUAAAACUGUAGUAAGUAUGCAGAAGACAGGACUGAGACUUCUAGUUAUAGUCGUCGUUUCCCUUGGCUUGGAACUUGCAAAUGGCCAAAAUAAGUGCAGCUAUUUGGAGGUGCCAGUGAGAGGCUACGCUCCUCAGAGGGACCGUUUCUGCAAACCUUGGCUCACGCUACACGCUAAGCUGUACGAGCGGCGCUGGUGCCUAUGCAAACCGGGUUACAUACGCAACGCCUGGGAAGAAUGCAUCGAAGAAAGGCAAUGCGGCAGCUGCUGGUACAGGGACAACAUGGACUUCAACCAGUGCUCGUCCGCCUGCCCUGUGGUCUGCGGAAAACGUGUCCCCACGGUCUGCACGGAUCAAUGCGUCAUUGGGUGCACCUGCCCCCCUGGAUUCGUGCUAGACCCCUUGCGGCAGAAGACCUGCGUUCCAGUUAGAGGGUGUCUUCCCCGCUGUCCACGCAAUUCUCGCUUCCAGAUAUGCGCAUCAACUUGCGCACCGACGUGCCUUGACCCUCGACCAAGUGGCUGCGAAAUUCGAUGCCAUGAAGGUGAAUGCGUUUGCUUGCCCGGAUUCUACAAGACCUUUAGCGACGGAAAAGAAAUGUGCGUACGCUGGAACCAGUGUACAGCGAGAGCAGAAUAAACGCACAUUUGUGGAACCUGAUGCCCAUAUGCUCUCGUCCGUUCUAUUA